AUGGUCCUUGGAAGGUCCACGCAUCCUCGACCGCAAUCCUCUGCCGCGGCUUCUCGCCCACCGCGCCCACCACACCCGCAACCAACGUUAGCGAACUGGAAGAUGGCCCCCGUCAGCAGAACCAGUUUCCGCACCGUCGAACAGUUUAUUCCGACAGCGUCCAUCCCCACGGACGAGGAGGUCUCGUGGGACCUGCCCCGCCAGGAGACUUCGUUCGAGGCAUUUUCCGUCCCCCAGGACCCCCAGAACCCGGAGGGCCCUCAGUACAACUGGAAGGAAUUCCUCCAGCACACUGACACGGACAGCAUCCUGGUGCUGCACCGCAGCCAAGUCCGCUUCGAGGGCUACUACCAGGGCCACUCGGCCGCCGACCAGCAUAUCUACAUGUCGGCCUCCAAAUCGAUGACGGGACUGUUGGUCGGCAUCCUCGCCCAACAGGGUAAACUAGAUCCGAAGCUUCCUGUCGAGCACUAUCUGCCGCAGCUGGCCGCCACCAGUGCCUAUCGGGGCUGCUCGCUCCAGGACUUGAUCGACAUGCGUGCGGGAGUUUACUAUACCGACGACGAAGCGCGUCUUUAUGAAGUUGCCAUCCACUGGGCCGAGCCCAAGGCUACGGAUCCGCCUAUCACCAUGCGCGACUACUUUGCCACCUACCUCCAGGCGCCCGCCAAGGCCCCUCACGGGGGUACCUUCUGGUACUUUUCGCCCAAUACCGACCUACUCGGCCUCGUGCUGGAGGCUGCCACCGGGGAGGCGUUCCCCAGCCUCCUGAGCCGAUACCUUUGGCAGCCGCUGGGCAGCGCCAGUGAUGCUCAAGUUACUGUGGACCGCGGGGGCAAGUCCCGCGCCUCUGGGGGGCUGUGCUCAUCCCUACAAGAUCUAGCCCGCGUGGGACAGCUACUCCUACAGAACGGACGAUGGGAUUCGCGACAGGUUGUGCCCCUGGAGGUGCUCGAAGACACCUGGAACAACGGAGACCGCCAGGCCUGGAAUGAUGGCGCCUUCGCGCCGCUCUUCGCUCCGGUGUACCAGAAUAUGUCCUACCGCAAUGGCUGGUACGUGGUGCACGACGCGCCGCGCAUGAUUUUCGCCAUGGGCAUUCACGGUCAGAAUCUCUUCGUGGAUCCGGACAAUGAGCUGGUGAUUGCCAAGUUCUCUUCACACAAUGACGAGAACGAUGUCGAGCGCGUGCUGACGACGCACCGCGGGGUAGCGGAAAUCCGGCGGCUGCUAACGGAGACCGACUAG